GGUAGAUUAGAUUCUUUUGGGCAGAGAUUUUUUUGUAAUUUUGUGAUUAUUUGUGAUAAAUACGAAUAAAGUAUGGCAUAGACCGUUAUUAAUUAAUAAAAUAUUCCUUUCUGUGUACGUUAUAAAGUAAUCAAGAGUUCUUGUAAAAUCUAUUUCGUAAGAGGUUAGGAAGCCAACACUACAUUUUACAUCUUUUUUAUCAUCUUGAAAUGAACAACGAGAAAAGAAAUGCUCGUGGUCGAGGCCGAGGCCGUGGCCGUGGUAGGGGCAGAGGCCGAGGCCGAGGCAGGGGCAAGAAAGUGCCCAAAGUGAUGUCUAGUGACGAAGAGGAAUGCUCUGUAGAAGAAACUUCGCAAGAUCAAGAAGAAGUGGUCACUGAAGAACCUAAAGAAGAAAUUGAGCAGGCCGAGCCGCCAAAAUUGGAAGUACCGUCGGACAUAUCUCAGCUGGAAGCCCCAGUGUUCACAACUCUACAACGAGGCCCCCCAGAGCCAAUGUUGCGUCUCGAUUGGAGCCACCGUGCAAACCUAAUCGGGGAGAAAGUUCUGAACCCCAUGAUCUAUUGCUGUGAUAUAUGCUCAAAACCUAUUCUUAUUUAUGGACGUAUGAUACCGUGCAAACAUGUGUUUUGCUUAUCAUGUGCAAGAUCUGAGCACACUCACUGUCCGAGAUGUAGAGAAAAGGUAUUGCGAGUUGAACAGACUGGUCUCGGCACAGUUUACAUGUGCACUCAUUCUGGGACUCGAUAUGGGAACACAGGAUGCAGGAGAACAUAUCUUUCACAGAGAGACCUGCAAGCCCACAUCAACCACAGACACGUUUCGGCAGCUGGUGACGUCAAGCCUGAUCCUGAACCACCUUCAACCAGUUCUGUGGCCAUUGUGAAACCUUUAUCUAUGGCGCCGACGUCGAACGACCCGCGCGGGCCGGGUACGGGCGCGGGCGGUGACCGCACCCGCCGCACCAACCUCAUCACCGUGCCCAUACACGACCAGCCCGAGCAGCAUAACUACUAUAACUACUAUCCGCAGCAGCCGGUGGGGUCGGUGGCGGGUGUUUCUGGCGUCUCAGGCGUGGGCGGCGUGCUGACGGCGGGCGUGGUGCACAACGUGUCGGUGCCGCCGCCCUACUACGCGCCGCCCUACCAGCCGCCCGCGCCCUACCAGCCGCCGCCGGGUAGUAGUAUAGCAACAAACGUAUCAGCCCCACCAAUGUCGGCGGGCGUCGCGAACCCGGCGCUGAGCUCGCCGCGCUGGCCGGACUCCUACCCGCAGCAGUGGCCACACAACCCACACCAUUAUUACAGGUAGCGGCGCCCGCCCCGCGCUCCGCGGUACGAUGCGUACGCGCCGCGCCCGCGCUUGUGACGCGACACUCAGCUUAGUUCCCUCUUCUCAGUUGAGUGAGGGAAAAGGGUGGGCCCAGAUAUCUUCUCAGGAUGUGAAUGGACACGUGAUUGCAACUACGAAGACUGCUUGAUGAAUCAAAGUGCAAAAUAGUGCGACAAUCUAACCAGAAGCCCGUCUGUCUCCCUUCCAUUUUAGCCCAGAUAUCUUCUCAGGAUGUGAAUGGACACGUGAUUGCAACUACAAAGACUGCUUGAUGAAUCAAAGUGCAAAAUAGUGCGACAAUCUAACCAGAAGCCCGUCUGUCUCCCUUCCAUUUUAGCCCAGAUAUCUUCUCUGGAUGUGAAUGGACACGUGACUGCAACUACAAAGACUGCUUGAUGAAUCAAAGUGCAAGAUAGUGCGACUACAAUCUAGCCAGAAGACCGUCUGUCUCCUUUCCAUUUUAGGCCAGAUAUCUUCUCAGGAUGUGAAUGGACACGUGACUGCAACUACAAAGACUGCUUGAUGAAUCAAAGUGCAAAAUAGUGCCGCGACUACAAUCUAAACAAGGCCCUCUCCCUUCCAUUUGACUUCUUCCACUUAGUCAUGCAAGCGAAUUUAUUUCCUUACUUCCAAUCUAAAAAAUAUUAGGCAAGAAGAUGAACAGUGCUUAGCAAUGGAAAAUUGACAAAUGAAUUAACUUUGUGAACAAUGUAACAGUGUUUACGCAAGAGUUGUACAAAACUGAAGUGUUGCAUGUGCUGAACUCUUACUAAAGGCAUCUAAAGGCUAGCAAUACACGUCGGAAACGUGUUAACAGUAUCCUUAGACAAUGUAUGCAGCAGUGGACUCAAAAUAUUAGAAAAUGUACCGUACUGGCUGGUAUUACAAAGUUAAGUUACUUACGUAAAGUGAAUGGUUGAGUGUAUUCUGUGUUGUGCUGUGUGACUUUACUGAGUCAACUUAAUAAAGCAAGACUAGAAAUGUUUGGUGAGAAAAUGAUUCGAACUUGUAAAUAGUAUGUUGUUAAUGUCACUAUUAAAUUAUAUUACUAAGUAAAUAGAAUAAUGUAUCCUGAUUGAAUAUGUUCAAUUAAUUGCAGAAAGGAAUUGUUUUUCAAUCUAUCCAUAGAAUAAAGGCUUGUGAUGAUAUAGCCAACAAGUAAUGUUUUUAGUUGCUAGAUUUGACACCGUCAACUCAUUGGCAUUUCAAUAAUGGCUCAAAGGAUCUGCAUAAUAACUAUCAAUAUGAAAGUGAUAUUGUCUGGAAUUAUUAUUAAGUUUCUACUUCCUUAACAAAUGUUGCCCUAUGGCAAUUUGUCUUUAUAUAUCUGCUAUUGUCAUGUGAACUUGGCUAAGCUAUUCAUAUAAUUAUUUUUAAUCUUGUGUUAUAUGAUAUCUCUAUUUACUUAGCCCUGAGAUAAUCUUUUUAUACCUACCUCUUGAAAUAUAAUUUCCCGGUUGAACUUCCACUAUAUCUUCCUUGUAUAUAACAUUAUUUACUUCUCGAAAUAUAUAAAUAAUACUAUUAAUUGAAUAUUGUCAUAAUGAACAUCCUAGUUAAUACAAACUAGUUAAUUUUAUUGUCUUAUGAUAAAAUGUUGGUAAUGUCAUUUUAGACAUCCGAAUCCUCAUUUUGUACACUUUUUCAUAGUUGUGCAAUAAAAAUUAUAAAUGUAAAUAUUUAGCAUUUUAUUUACAAUAAA